UUUCGAUUAUUAAUGAAGCAUUAAGAUCUUAUAAUUUUCAAAUAAUAGCCAAAACCCAACGUCAAUUAACUAAGGCUAUCAAAAGAGCUCGGCAAAUGGCUCUUUUGCCUUAUACAAUAGUAGAACAAAAAUGGUAUCACUAUUUGAGCUACUCAUCAUUCGAUAUUAUAAUACUUUUCAAGAUGAAAAAAAAUAAUUCACCUGUAGCAUUAUUUGAUCCAUCCUCCUCAUUAACAUAUGGUCAUGAAAAACCACCAAUCAUAGUUGGUUUAAUAUUGGCCAGAAAUGAUCGUGAAAUCACAGUAUUUGGACCCGAAGGAGUGCCAAUCACAGUUCCCGAGCCUUAUGAAACUUACAAAAGGCCAAUCGGAGGACUUUCAUUUAAAGAUGAAAUUCCAGAAUUGGCUCAAGCAGAUACCAGCAUGGAAGGUGAUGCUAUUGAACCAAGGUUGAUUGUACCAUCAACUAGUGGAAGAGAUAGAACAGCUGGUGUAGUUUUAGCUUGGUAUGACAACUGGGUCUUGGUAGCACGUUCUGAUGAUAUUGUAGUAAUCAAAAAAAUAUCCGACGGAUUGUAUAAGAAGGUACUUGAAGAAACUAAAUAUUUAAAUCUUGAUGAACUUCCCGAAGCGCAUGAAGUUGCUCCUGAUGAAUAUGAGGUUACUCCUGGUGAAUAUGAAAACUAUAAAAUAGAACUUGCUAAGUACAUAGACUACAUACGAGAGAAGUAUUCUAUAAUUCAUAAUCCAAAAAGAAGUGCUUUUAAAGAACACGAACCGAUUGGUAGAGCUGUUAAUGGACUACAAACAUUUUGGUCUUUAAAAGGAAUAUAUCAAUUGAAUAUGAACUGUGAAAAAAUCAUCAAAAGGUUUAAAAUCGAGUACAAAAAAUAUUUGGAAGCUUCACGUAAAUUGAAAUUAGAAUUGGCGCAUAAAGAAUAUUUUGAAGAAUCUCAAAGAAAUAAACAAAAAUUCAAAGAAAGGAGACACACUCUGGAUGAUUUUAAGACAGCCACAAACAAAUCAAUGGAUAAAUCCAAAUUGGAUAAAAAUAUGCAACUCUUUAGGCAAUUUGAUUGGUCCAAAUGUGAUGUGGAUUUUAAGGCAUUACCAAUAUUACAUGACAAAAAAUACAAAGAAAAAGAAGAUCAAAUCUUUUUUGAUGAUAAUAAAAGGCAAAUCACUUUAAAUAGGAACAAUUUCAUCUCUGAACGUCUCUAA